CCCAACUCUAGGGUUUCCUAACCACCCCCGCAAACCCCACGCGCACCCUACUCGAUCCGGCGGCCAUGUCGACACCGGCGGCGCAGGGCGGCGAGAAGCCGGCGCUCAGGAAGCCCAUCUUCAUCAAGGUGGACGGGCUCAAGCCGGGCACCAACGGCCACAACCUGCUCGUCAAGGUCGUCAGCGCCAACCCCGUCCCGGGCCGCGUGCGCCCCGGCGCCCCCACCUCAUCGUCCGCCCGCAUGCCCCGCAUCGCGGAGUGCGUCGUCGGCGACGAGACUGGCUCCAUCAUCUUCACCGCCCGCAACGAGCAAGUUGACCUGUUGAAGCCUGGUGCCACGGCGAUCUUGCGCAAUGCUAAAAUUGACAUGUUCAAAAGUUCAAUGAGGCUUGCUGUGGACAAGUGGGGACGGGUGGAGUCUGCAGAACCCGCCAGCUUUACAGUGAACGAGGAGAACAACUUGUCACAAGUAGAGUAUGAAUUGGUUAACGUGGCCGAGUAAUUGUGGAAGUUUCCCAGCCCAUUUCCUGCCAUAAAAGUGAAGUACUAUGAAGCCUUUGCUAAGCUUGCUUAUUUCAUAUGAUGGUAGUCGAUAAGGUCAAGAUUGUAUCGCUAAAGUUAGAAUGUUCGAUGGAUUAAACUGAGCUAUCUACUGAUUGUGAUUCCUCUUGGCACUGCUUGUGUUAAUGUAAUCGAACAAGCUCAGCGUGGCUCUACGAUGCACCUGAGUUCUGGAGAUCAAUGGAAUUAAUUUCCUAA